UUUUUCACUAGAAAGCAGAAGUUGCUUAUUUCAUUUGUAGUGAAACAAUAGUGAGGUUCAGAAGUGCCAUCUGUCUGUGAAGAUAUGAGUUUUGAAUUCUGCAAAAUGGACGAUAGUGAAAACUAUCAUUCUCCAAAAGAGGAUGAUGUUUAUGUGAAUACAGUAGACUGUCGCUCAGAGCUGAAAAACUCAGAUAUCUCUGACCACACUGAGUUGAAAGACAAGAAGAAACCAGGAAAGAUCUUCAGAUCUGCUUUUGGUCUCCUCCUAAUACUUGGUGUUAUAUUAACACUCUGUGUUGUAGGGAUCCUUUAUCACAACAAAGUGGUUUCAUAUGAGAUAUUAAGUGAGCAGUAUUCUAAUGUUACUGAAAUAUUGAUGACGCAAGAACAUAAAGUCAAGGAGAUAGAAAAACCGUAUGAAGCACUGAAGGUGAAGCAUCUGCAAGUUCAGGAAGAUCUUGCUGCAUGUAGUGAGAUUGAAAAACUGUAUGAAGCACUGAAGGUGAAGCAUCUGCAAGUUCAGGAAGAUCUCGCUGCAUGCAGUGCAAAUAAAAACAGUGGUCAAUGUGAGGAAGGAUGGAAGUCCCUUGGUUUAAAGAGUUAUUACUUCUCCAGUUUUAAACUGAACUGGGAGCAAAGUAGAGAUUACUGUGUGGAGAAAGGAGGCCACCUGGUGAUUAUAACCAGCCAAACUGAGCAGAAUUUUGUAGUUUCACAAAUUGGAGAAACACACUGGAUUGGUUUGAAUGACUUGGAGACUGAAGGACAGUGGAUGUGGGUGAACAACCAGCCUUUAAAGGAGACGGGUGUAACAUUCUGGUAUAGUUCUCCCGGGAGACCUGAUGAGCCUGAUAACUGGAAAGAGGAGGACCCUUCUGGAGAGCACUGUGCUGCUCUGGGUCAUGUUAAUGGUGACACAGAUAAAUGGUUUGAUGCUCCUUGUAGUACAAUCAAAAAGUGCAUCUGUGAAAAGUAAAAAACUUUUCUUUUUACUAACAUUUAUGUCUGCAAAUACUUGUUUAUUUUCAACAGAGGACAAUUCUUGGUUGUUGAAUCUGAAUAUUUGAUAUUGUAAAACAGCUAACAUUACGUUUACCUAUAGUUUGUUUUUAACAUGUACACAACUUAGGUUUAUUUUACCUUAUAGUUGUCAUAGAUAUUGUAUAGCAAACUUUACACAUAUGUCUUCAUAUUUUAUGGUGGAAAAAAACUCAUCGAUUACUCAGGCUGGUGAGAGGUGAUGAAUUCCAGUUUACUAAUUAAGGUGUUAUUGCUGUCUAGAUAAACAGUUCGCUCCUUGACUAGCAUUUAAGCAUAAUAUAACAAUGUAUAGAUUUUCAUCUCUAUAAACAUUUACUAUGCACUUUGUAAUGUUAAGUUGCUUUGAAUAACCUUUAGAAAGCAUUAAAAAUUAAUACAAAUGCA